AUGCAGUCUAGUCAACCUGUUGCCGAGACUACCUCUUCCGUUCAGACUUCGUCCAACGUACCCGCUAUAAUCCAUACUGCAACUGUUGCACGAUCCGAGGCGAACCUCUUUCACUGUACUGUUGACGGAUGUCCGAAGAAGUAUAAGAAUGCGAACGGUCUUAAAUAUCACAGAGCGCAUGGUCAUAGUCCUCGGACAGAUAAUGGCGAGAAGCCCUACAAAUGCCAGGUGAAUGGUUGUACAAAAUCUUAUAGGAACCCGAACGGACUGAAGUAUCAUUUAGAUCACCAUCAUUCAGGACAAAAUGUCCAGAUUACUAAUAACACUGCCGUAUCGGUGGAUCAAAAAAUAUCUAUUUCUCAAUAA